ACCUGUUGGCGGAUGUGCAAAAAGUGCGUCGCGUGGCUCCUGUCCCGGACGGCACGGAGCUUCUUUCCCAGAGUGAUCGGUCGCAGUACAGAACAGAUCAUGGCAAGAAGAUUUCGCCUUCGUUCCGUGGAUUCAACUUAGGUGUGAAGUUGUGAUUUUCGAUAUAUGAGCGCGGCGGUUCGCGCUUCUGUUCUUCUCCCGGCGGGGGACCAGUCGGCUCUGUGGGAGCGCUUGAGCGACCGUCACCGUCAGCAUGUCCAAAGUGAUCCAGAAGAAGAAGCACUGGAGCGCCCGGCUCAAGGAGUGCGCCGUGUGUCGGGACGCCCGCGGGGAGCUCGGCGUGGAGCUGCGCGGCGGUGCCGAGAACGGAGAGUUCCCCUACAUCGGCAAGGUCCGGGUGCGGCAGGAGGAGGGACAGCUGCUGGCAGAGGGGGAUCUGCUGCUGGAGGUGGAGGGUCUGCCGGUGUCGGGGUUGCCCCUCUAUGACGUGCUGACUCUGGUGAAGAACUGCAAGGGUCCCAUCAGGCUGAGAACUGUCAAACAAGGAAACAAGCUCAACAAGGACCUGAAGCACUACCUGAGCCUGAGGUUUCACAAAACCUCUCCAGACCACGCACUUCAGCAGACUAUCAGAGAGAACCUGUAUCACCACGCCGUGCCUUGUACAACCCGUCCUCCUCGAGACGGCGAACUCCCAGGAGUCGAUUACAACUUCCUAUCAGUGGAGGACUUCUUAAACCUUGAGAAAAGUGGCACUCUUCUCGAAAUAGGAACAUAUGAAGGCAACUAUUAUGGAACACCCAAGCCGCCAAGCCAACCCCCCUGUGGGACAGUGAUUACCGGCGAUGCUUUGCAUGGCGGCUCACAGCAGUCCACCCCGAAGCACACCAAGUCGUACAAUGACAUGCAAGAUGCUCGAGUAGUGUCUGCGAAACACGAGGAUGACGGCGAGGUUCCUGAAAUGAACAACAGCCUUACAGGAGACACUAGCCAACAGGACGAGCGGGUGGCUCUGCGACUUCAGUCAACGCAAGAGAAGGCUCAUUCCUACACCCUCAGAGACACCUCGACCACCACCACGGACAGCCCCCAGCAGACGCACGCCAACCUCCAGCCUCCCCAAGAGGACCUGCUCGGCCCUCUGCCUGAUAACUGGGAGAUGGCGUAUACUGAGAAUGGGGAGGUCUACUUCAUUGACCACAACACCAAGACAACAUCCUGGAUUGACCCGCGGUGUGUGGACAAGCUCCAGAAACCCCUGGAAGAAUGUGAAGACGAUGAAGGGGUACAUACUGAAGAACCGGACAGUGAGCUUGAACUUCCUGCUGGAUGGGAGAAAAUCGAUGAUCCGGUUUAUGGGGUAUAUUAUGUGGACCACAUAAACAGGAAGACUCAGUAUGAGAACCCUGUUUUGGAGGCCAAGCGCAAAAAGCAGCUUGAACCACAGCAGCAGCCGCAGCCUCCUGAAGGUGAGCGGUACAUUCGAGAAUGGAUAGAAGAGCACUCGGCCGCUGGUGUGCCUCUGGCCAGCUAUGCCACCAACCACUUGGAGACAUACCGGGACCCUCAAACAGUCCCACCAAUUCCUCCAUCACAGGGGCCCAAACGAGGGAAACCUUUCUUCACUAGAAACCGUUCGGAGCUCAAAGGAACCUUCAUCCACACCAAGUUGAAGAAGAGCCGACGGGGUUUUGGUUUCACUGUGGUUGGUGGAGACGAGCCUGAUGAGUUUCUGCAAAUUAAAAGUUUGGUUCUGGAUGGCCCUGCAGCUCUAGAUGGCAAGAUGGAGACAGGUGAUGUGAUAGUGAGUGUCAAUGACACAUGCGUCCUGGGGUACACGCAUGCCCAAGUUGUGAAGAUUUUUCAGUCCAUUCCCAUCAGCUCCAUGGUGGACCUUGAACUAUGCCGUGGCUACCCUCUGCCUUUUGAUCCUGAUGAUCCCAACACUAGCCUGGUGACUUCCGUGGCCAUCCUGGACAAAGAGCCCAUCAUCGUCAAUGGGCAGGAAAGCUAUGAUUCUCCCUCCAGUCAUGGCAGCCAGACGGCCAAUGGAGCAGGAGGGGUCAAGGAACCACGCCCAUACAGCCCAUCAGCCGAGGUUGCCUCUGACGGCUCUGCUGCCUACCCCAGCGAUGUGGUCACACUGGCCUCUUCCAUUGCCACACAGCCAGAACUCAUCACUGUACACAUGGAGAAGGGUGACAAGGGCUUUGGCUUCACCAUCGCAGAUAGCCCCUCAGGGGGUGGCCAGAGGGUCAAGCAAAUUGUUGACUACCCUCGCUGUCGGGGUCUGAAGGAGGGUGACAUCUUGGUGGAGGUGAACAAGAGGAAUGUCCAAAGCAUGACCCACAACCAAGUGGUAGACCUGCUGAGCAAGUGUCCCAGAGGAAGUGAGGUCACCAUGCUGGUUCAGAGAGGAGCGGUGUCUGCCAAGAGGAGCCCCAAGCUGCAACCUCUGGAGAGGAAAGACAGCCAGAGUAGCUCCCAGCACAGUGUAUGCAGCAACCGCAGCGCCCACACAGACUCGCCCGCUCGCCCAGCCGCUGCCCUUCCCAGCGAGCCCACCGGAGCUCCCCCACCCCUGCCGCCACCCCCAACCCAGCCUCUGCCUGGCCUACCUCCCCAGGACCCUGGAGACGGAACUGUCCAGAAAAAGCCAGACCCUUUCAAGAUUUGGGCCCAAUCUAGAAGCAUGUAUGAAAGCAGGCUACCAGAUUAUCAAGAGCAGGAUAUUUUCCUGUGGCGGAAGGAUACAGGGUUUGGAUUCAGGAUUCUCGGCGGGAAUGAGCCAGGAGAGCCGAUCUACAUUGGGCACAUUGUGAAGUACGGCGCGGCUGAUGAGGACGGGCGACUGCGGUCUGGGGACGAACUCAUCUGUGUUGAUGGAACAGCAGUGGUGGGCAAGUCUCACCAGCUGGUGGUGCAGCUCAUGCAGCAGGCAGCCAAGCAGGGCCACGUCAACCUGACUGUGAGACGCAAGAUCGGAUACGGAGUGGUCAAGGGUGAUGUUGAUGUACCGCCAUCUCCAGCCUCGUCCCAUCACAGCAGCACCCAGGCUCCGUCCCUGACAGAAGACAAGCGCACUUCACAGGGCAGCCAGAACUCCCUCAACACAGUGAGCUCUGGCAGUGGCAGCACCAGUGGAAUCGGGAGUGGCGGUGGAGGGGGCAGCGGAAGCGCCGUGGUGACUGCCACCGCUACCGUCCAGCCCUACGAUGUGGAGAUCCGUCGCGGAGAGAAUGAGGGCUUUGGCUUCGUCAUUGUCUCGUCUGUCUCAAGGCCAGACGCAGGGGCCACUUUCGCUGCCAAUGCCUGCGUGGCCAUGCCCCACAAAAUAGGUCGCAUUAUCGAGGGUAGCCCAGCUGACCGUUGUGGGAAGCUGAAAGUGGGAGACCGCAUCCUGGCCGUCAAUGGCUGCUCCAUCACCAACAAGUCCCACUCGGAUAUUGUCAACUUAAUCAAAGAGGCCGGGAACACUGUCACGCUGCGCAUCAUCCCUGGUGACGAGUCCUCCAACGCGUCCCUCCUAACCAAUGCAGAAAAGAUCGCUACCAUCACCACCACCCACACACCGCAGCAGCAGUCAGCACCAGAGACAAGGACAAGUACAAAAGGACCCCCUCAGGUGCCGCCACCUCCGGCGCCAACACAAGCUCCCGCUCCCCAGGAUGCAGAAUUCUACUCUGUUGACCUUGAGCGAGAUAGCAAGGGUUUUGGGUUCAGUCUGCGCGGGGGCCGUGAGUACAACAUGGACUUAUAUGUCCUGAGGCUGGCCGAGGACGGGGCGGCCAUCCGUAACGGCAAGAUGAGGGUUGGUGACGAGAUCCUGGAGAUCAACGGGGAGAGCACAAAGAAUAUGAAACACGCUCGUGCCAUUGAGCUGAUCAAAAACGGUGGCCGCCGAGCUCACCUGGUCCUCAAACGAGGGGACGGCUCCGUGCCAGAAUACGACGCCAGCAGUGACAGGAACAGCCCCGCCCCCAGUACACAAAAUAUUCCGGAAGUGAAAACCUUGCCACCAAACCGCCGAUUACACACAUCAUCGGAGUCCAGUUAUACACCUGAUUUUCACAAAUCAUCACCAAAUGAGGAAAGGCAAAGGAGGGGGAGGCCUGGGGCAGACCACACCAGCCACCAUCACCACACCUGGAAUAACCAUGGCAAGUACAGCAGCCCAUCUGUCCCCAGACACCACUCGCCCGACAGCAAGAUGACACAUCGGCAGCAUGCACGCAAGUCGGAUGAAAAUGGCAUCUCCAAGCUUUUCAAAACGCUGAGGAGUGAUGAGAAGCCUGGAAAGAAGAAGGCAGCGACGGUGUCCGAGUGGGACUCUGACUCCCGCCAUGGCAGCACCCUGGACGGGAGGCAAGAGCGGGCAGGCCGCAGGGGCUCCUUGGACCGUUCACCCGCCCGGGGGCGGGAGUCUUCACCUGGCAGACGCAGAGCCAAGUCUGUGGACAGGAGAACUGAGAAAGCACAGAGGGAGAGGUCCUACUGGGAAGGGCAACUGCAGAGGGAGGCUCCACAACCUGCACAGCCCUUUGAGGAUGAGAGUCCCCUCGUGGAAGCGCCGGCCCCCCAGCACUUGCGAGAGGACAGCUUCCUGAAAGAUGAGACCUUUGAACACAUCAACAAGGAAAGACUGCCGCUCCCCAGGGGGUGGCCAGCCGACCGGCCCUUUAAGAACAGUGGUGAGCCUAGGGAUAGGUCUCCCAGUAGAAGGGAUAGAGAGGAGAGGUUUAACAUUGAGCGAUCACCUAGCAGACAGCACGUGGCAGAGAGCUCACCGCGCGAAGUGCUGCAUGAUGGGAGAUUUAGAGAGGAAGAGGCGGUACCUAGGCUUAAGGAGUACUACAACAUCCUCAAGUCAGGCUCAGCUUGCAUCGGCACCCAGAUCCCAGAGUCCAGGAGAAGACCUUUCAAAGAGAGCCACAUGGACCUGAGCAUCUGAUCCCACAUGCUGCAAGCAUAUACAUUCUCCUCAAUACAGGGAUCAGCCCGUUGAACAGGUGGUGCCAGGAAUUUUGAAGAUAUUAGUCUGACCCUCUUGUGUUAUGGCUUCCGCAGAUUUAAACUGGACGACAACAGCAGAAGUACAAUCUUUUUUUUUCUUUUUUUUUUUAAUUUUGAACAUUUUAAUCUCUCAAAUUUCCUUAAGACUCAUAAUCAAAACGAUGAAAACGACCAAAAAUUUAUUAUAUGUUUAAAAAUACCAUUUAUGAUGACACAGUAAAUUGUUUAGUGAAAAACAAUGUUGUUUUUUUUUUUUUUCUUUUUUUUCAUUUUGUGUUUUAAAUUUGUUUUUGGAUUAAAAAGUCCAGAGAGCCCACCGACCUCUGAAACAUGGUGCUUUUAUUUAUGCUGUGCAUGUCUCAAAGGUUCAGUAUUAAAUUCGAGUUUUUCUCCUGUGCCACUAAUACAUUAGAACAGAGUGUUAAGAUGUGUCAGUGUGUCAUCUAAAUAUUAAGACAAUAUCAUUUAAAAAA